AUGGCAUUCCCCCUUCUGCCGGCCUCCCUGAAGUUAAGCACCUAUGACAGCCGGCCACUGACAGCUGAAGAGCAGAGCAGAAGUGUGCGGCUGGCGGUGACCCAGCACAAGUUCAGCCCCUGGACGUGGACGUGGAAUAACGACGAAUCCCUGGCACCUCGCAUGAUGAACAACACACCAGCAUCCAGCUUCUCUUCCAUUUACGAUAUUCCAAUUGAAAAUAUCGAUCUUCCUGUUACUGCUGAUGGCGUGAUGUCUUUCCAGAUUCACCUCUCUGACAGCGUUGCCACACUUGAUAUAGAGGCCCGGUUUAAAGAUACAGUCCAGGGUCUUCAGCUCUACAGGAGUUAUUCUUCACCAAGCAGAUCCUACAUACAGCUUCACAGAGACAGUGAGCCUCAGGUUGGACAGCCGCUGUAUUUGACUUUGGAGAGCAAUUUUAACCUGGCAGAAGUUCACUACCUUGUGAUGUCCCGCGGUCAGGUGUUGGAUGCUGGGACGGUGCAUUCCUCCUCCUUCAGUCUGAACACAGAUCACUCUUGGACUCCAGUGGCUUGUGUGGUGGUGUACCACACGCUUCCAGAUGGAGAGAUCGUGAAUGAUGCUCUGCAAGUUACUUUCACACAAGUCCUGAGAAACACACUCAUAUGUUCCACAGCAGGGGCGGAACUCUAUCUGAAUCAGCUGGACAGCGAGGCUUUUCAGGAGCCCAGAAAGCGAAAAGACUUUCCUGAAACCUGGAUCUGGCUGGAUGCUAAUGUGAGUAAUUCUGUCUCGGAUUCCUUCCAUUUCACUGUGCCGGACAGCUUGACCUCUUGGGUGGCCUUUGCCAUCGUGAUGUCAGAGAAUAUGGGUUUGGGCAUCAGCGCUCCUGCAGAGCUGACUGUGUUCCGAGAUUUCUUUGUGUCACUGAAUCUCCCGGAAUUCCUGAUCCGUGGAGAACUGCUACUGCUGGAAGUCAAUUUAUUCAACUAUAUGCAUGUUGAUUUGGAGGUGAUGGUGGUGGUUGCAGAAAGUUCGAUGUUUGAGUUUGUGUCACCAGACAAUGGAGGAUUUUCCUUGGACAACGUGAGGAAAGCCUCAGUGUUGAGUAACAACAUCACAACGCUUCUGUUCCCCAUCAGAGCCACAGCGCUGGGAGAGAUUCCCAUCUCCAUCAAAGCCACGUCCGUCUACUCUUCAGACUGGGUCUACAAGACGGUUCUUGUCAAGCCAGAGGGACUGGAGCAGUCGUUCACUCAAACCUUGUUUCUGGAGUUUCAACUGAAGCAGGAAACGCUGACUAGGACAAUGUUGUUUAGUUUUCCUCCAAAUGUGGUUCCUGACAGUCAAAGGGCAAGCGUGUCUGCUGUGGGUGACAUUCUGGGCCCAUCCAUUGACAAUCUGGACUCUCUCAUUGAGAUGCCCUAUGGUUGUGGUGAGCAGAACAUGAUCCAUUUUGCUCCGAAUAUUUAUGUUCUCCAGUACAUGAGAAGCACCAAGCAGAGCGAUGAACAGACCAGAAACAAAGCUAUGAGCUACAUGAUGGAAGCUUAUGAACGUGAGCUUUCUUACCAAAGGUUUGAUGGCUCCUUCAGUGCUUUUGGAGACAGUGAUGAUUCUGGCAGCACAUGGCUGUCAGCGUUCGUGCUCAGGUGUUUCCUCCAGGCUCAGGACUUCAUUUCCAUUGACCCGAUGGUGAUGCAGAGGACAGCAUAUUGGCUGCUGGCCCAUCAGAACCCUGACGGUUCGUUCAACGAGCCGGGUCGGGUCAUCCACACAGAGCUCCAGGGAGGACUGAAUGGGCCGGUGUCUCUCACAGCGUACGUCCUCAUAUCGCUUCUGGAGGACGCUGAAUACAGGAAUACAUAUGAAGGCAGCAUUUCUUCUGCUGUGAGUUUCCUGACAUCUCGACUGGCUCAGGGAAUCUCCAGUAACUACAGCCUGUCUUUAGUGACCUAUGCUCUAUCACUGGCCAACAGCACCGCCGGCCCAUCUGCCCUCACCGAGCUGUUGAACAGAGCACUAAUUGUUGAUGGAGUGCCAACCUGGAGAUCUCCAGCUAACGUCCUGUAUAAUUCCUGGCAGCCAAGUUCAUCAGAUAUUGAGAUGUCAGCCUACGUAUUGCUCGCCAUGCACAGACUCAAACUAAUGGAUGAAGGAUUCACUCUGGUGAAGUGGCUCAGUAAGCAAAGAAACCAUCAAGGGGGAUACGGAUCCACUCAGGAUACAGUGAUGGCGUUGCAUGCACUGUCAAUCUACGCCACCUUCAGCAGCGCAGAGUCCAUAGAUCUCACCAUCACUGUGAACAGUGCCUCCAGUGCUGCCGCCACAUUCAACAUAGACAGAUACAAUUACCUGCUCCAACAGAGCCAAGACCUGCUCAUUGAAACAGAAGAGGAGGUUGAUAUUGAGGUGGUGGCAGAGGGUAAAGGCUUUGCUCUGUUUCAGCUUAGUGUGUUCUACAAUGUGAUUAACCUGAGAACAUCGCUCAGAGGGCGUGACAUGCACACGGACGAGGCCUUUUAUUUGUAUGUAGACGUAAUGGACAAUGAGGAGUUCAAUGUAAACCUUUACAUAUGUUUCAGGCUGAGGGAGAACCAGGGCCUGAGACAGACGGGUAUGGCCAUACUGGACGUGGGUUUACUCUCGGGGUUCAGUUUGGCCCAAAACGGUGUCCAGCUAAAUGAUUUAGUCAGACGAGUAGAGACGCCUUCAGGACGAGUUAUACUUUAUUUAGACACGGUGACCACAGCGGAAAGGUGCGUUGAAAUAUCCACCAUCCAGGACUUUAAGGUGAUCAAUGUCCAAGAUGCUGUGGUCAUGAUCUACGAUUACUAUGAGCCCCGACGGAGGACAGUGCGGUCCUACACAUCUGAGACAAGACGGGACAUGUCUGUGUGUUCGCUGUGUGGGCCGGAUUGCUCCGAGUGUGGGGUUCGAGACGUCUGGCCGACUGACAGGACGACGUCCAUUAACCAACAUCCAAUUCUGGCUCUAAGUUUGACCACAGCACUGGUCAUCCUGUCAAUCUACAACUAG